AUGUUUGAGGCUUGGCUUUCUCUCAAAAAGACCCUUCAGUGCAAGCCACAACCAAAUCAUGUUCAUGAUCCGAAGACUAUUAGACAACAAAAAGGUAAUCAGAGAACAAAGUUGGGCAAUCUUGAGAAUUCAAAUACCAAAGAUUUCAUCCAUGGAAGCAAUAGACACUCUAAAAAUCCCCUGACUUUUAAAGGAGACAUUGAGAUCACUGGUCCCAUAAUCGACGAAAUUACUCUUGAUAGCUCAAACCAUGAAACUAGUCGACGUUUUCCUUGUCCUCAAAGCAAUAGCAGCAAUAAAGGUUCUCGCAGAACACGAAGGUCAGAUACAUCUUCGAGGAUAGCAUAUCCUCUAGAUCACAAUGAAGCAAAUGUGUUCUCCAAUACAAGGACUUUGGUUCGGAUGGAUUCUGAUGUCUUUUCAUCAUUGACAUGUGAUAAAUGUGGCGAGAAAUUAAAAAAUCCUGUUGCUGUAGAAGCACACAAUAUCUCCGAUCAUUCAGUGAUUGAGCUUGAGGAAGAUUCGUCGAGACAGAUCAUAGAAACAAUAUGUGGAACAAGCUCGGUUUACUCUGAAAGCAUGUUGGGUGAGAUUGACUGCAUCUUAAAGGUUGUGAAUAUACCAAAAACCUUUGCUUGCUUUGAGGAGUAUAGAGAAAAGGUGAAGGAAAAGGCUGACAAACAAAAGAAGAAACACCCUCGUUGUGUGGCUGAUGGAAACGAACUUUUAAGGUUCCACGGCACAACAAUUGCAUGCUCUCUGGGCAUAAACAGCUGUUAUAGGCUGUGCAGUUUAGACUAUUGUGGUAUAUGUCAAAUUCUGAGACACGGGUUCUCGACGAACAAGGAAUUCAAAGGUGCAUUGGGGGUUUACACAACUUCCACAAGUGGGAAAGCCUUUGAAUCCAUUUCCAUAAUGACAUCCCAUGAGAGACCAUUUUCGAGAAAGUCCAUCAUAGUGUGCAGAGUAAUAGCUGGGAGAAUUUGUAGCCCUCUUGAAGGAAUUGCAGAAAGGGCUGAUUCAUUGGCAGAAAAGAUAAAUGGGCAUUCAGAUGUUGAGGAACUGUACGUGUUAAAUCCCAGAGCCCUUCUUCCUUGCUUUGUGAUAAUCUACAAACAGCAAACAGCCAAGUUUAGAAGGGUCGGCCCAAGCUUAAGGAUAGGUAGCUUUUAACAACACCAACAAGCUUUACCUCUUUCACUACUCAUUCUUCUGAGAUAUAAAACAACCUCUGUCAGGGUCAGGGUCAGGGUACUCAUUCUUCACACAUAUUUUAGUUAUUAUACCUUUCAUAUUU